UCUAAGGCACACCUGUGCACUAAUCAUGGUGUCUAAUCAGCAUCUUGAUAUGGCACACCUGUGAGGUGGGAUGGAUUAUCUCAGCAAAGGAGAAGUGCUCACUAUCACAGAUUUAGACAGAUUUGUGAACAAUAUUUGAGAGAAAUGGUGAUAUUGUGUAUGUGGAAAAAGUUUUAGAUCUUUGAGUUCAUCUCAUAAAAAAUGGAAGCAAAAACAAAAGUGUUGUGUUUAUAUUUUUGUUGAGUGUAUAUUGGUAUAUAUUUAUGCUGCUUUAUACUUGUGUUUAUACACCAUUGCGGCAGGAUGCUGCUCUGUAUGCCUUCAAAUAGAUCACCAUGUGUUUCCCUUUUAUGCUGACCUAAGAUGUAGGACCAACCCUCCCUCACUCACAUACCCAAACCAGCCUGCAAGUAUCUGGCUUUCUAUCCAUGGUGAUUACUCAAUACAACAUAGUUACCAAUGCUAGAUUUACCCUGUACCCCGUAGCUUCAGUCCCUGUACACUUUUAAUAAAAUAUCAACUAUCAUGUAGUAUUAGUGUAAAUCUAGAUUUAGCAUAGACAUUGCUGUGGAUUGCUGUUUUGUAGUCCCUAAAAGACAGGCAUUUUAUCUCCAUGUCCUUACUUUCAAAAAUAGGUUGAUAGAGUUAAAUAAAAGUAAAUAUCCUUUCUCCCAACUAACUUUUCCAUAUUGCAUCUUUAGUUUGUGAACACAUACUGUUGUUAACAAAAGCUCACAUAGUCUUGUAAAGACUGUAUAUAAUGGUCGUGAGUGACUAUUACAACUUGUAAUUUUCUGUAACUAAUGAUUGAAACACAUACAUCUUUGUCCCAAAGAAAACAAUGAACAAACAAACAAACAAAACAAUUAUGCAUUUUGUUUUUUAGUGAUUUAUUACAGGCCUUUUGGAAAUAUGACAAAAACUGCUGGGUCAGAUUAUACUCACAGUAACUUAGAUUGUAAGUUUGGUAAUGCAGAAGAUGGUUAAUCAAAGUUUCUUAGUAGCAUGACUUCUUAUCAUCUAUCUUAUCAUGCAUGUAUCCAACUGUGUGUUCUACUGUAUGUUCCUUGCUCCCCACUCCCCUCUUCUCCCAUCCCUCUCCCUCCCUGUCCCUCACCCCCUCCACCUCUUCUGUACCUCUCAACCCGCCGAACAGAUGCAGAUGGGUCCCCCAAUAUGAGCCACGUUCUGCUCAAGGUGUCUUCCUGUUAAAAGGGAGGUUUUUCUUGCCACCGUCACCUUAGGCCUUUCUCUAGGGAUUCAAUCAUAUGGGUUCUGUAAAGCGUCUUGAGACAAUUUGAAAUGUAGUUGCCGUUAUAUAAAUAGAACAGAAUAGAAUUGAAUUGAAUUACCUUCCUGUGGAUGAUUAUGAUCAACUACAGCUGCUGACUUCUCCUAGCCUAUUUAAACAGAACCCAUUUAAUACACUCAGUAGGCUUUUAUCUCUGUGAUGCUUUUGGCAGUCAUCCAUAAGCUCUUGGUGGCAUCUUUGACCAUCCCUCUUAAGAGAAUUGCUGCAGUUCAAGUAAAUUUGUUGGCUGACUGAGACAAACGUAUUUCUCAGCACACCCAAAGGAUUCUUCUGAAACCUUAAUUCUAGCCAGAUUUAGCUAGUACUUUACCACUUUUGUUGUGUGUUUGCGGUCAUUGUCUUGUUAGAACACCCAACUGCAUUCAAGAUCCAACUUUCUGGCCGACGAUUAAAGAUUUAUUCAGAGUUAUUUUAUUGUCAGUUACCUAUACAUCAGGAAAUAAAACACAGGAAAAAAUGAAUCCAAGAAAACACCACAAUACAGAUAUGUAGGUAAAAUAUGAUUAAUGUGUAAUAUAUAAUAGAAUAAAGGAGUUAUACUACAAGUACUCAUAAAUAUUAUUACAUACUAACUAUUCCACAUGAAAGAAUAGAAUGGAAUUGCUCAGAGACUGUGGGUGCAAUGAGUCUAUGGGUCCGUCCAUAAUCGGGGAUGGUGCAUCAUUUUAUUUAGAAGUCUGAUAAGAGUUGGGUAGACAUUCUUGCUUAACUCAACAGUUCUGCUUCACAGGCUACAGUGUCACCUGCCAGAGGGCACAAGGGUGAUGACAGGGGUGAGUGGAGUCACUGAUGAUGCUGGUGGCUUCUGACAGGCAGCAUUUUUGGACCAGGUCCUGAACAGGUGGCAGUGAGGUCCCACUAAUUCUUUAAGCUGACCUCACCACUCUACUUAAGGUCUUUCUAUCUGAGGCAUUACUGUUCUCAUACCAGAGAGAGAUGGCUCUGGUCAACACAAUGUCUGUGGUGCCUCUCUAAACAAGUAUUGAGGAUUGAUGAUUGAAGCCCUAUUGAACUGCUGCAAGGAAUGUAGGCACUGGUGAGCUCUUCCAAUAAGAGUGGAGGUGUGCAGGGACCAGUUUAGAUUGUCUACCACAUGAACCCUUGGCAAAUUCAUGUGGGGGGAUUUCUGUUUUGAAAGCCGAGUUAAAGUCAACAAACAGCAUUCAUACAACUGUAUUCUUGUUCUUAAGGUGCUAGGAAAGAUGUGCUUUGAUCCUUGACUAACCUUGUGGGGACAAGUGCUACUGGACGGCAUUUAUUAUGAAAAGUGACUGGAUUUAUUUGAAACUGAGAUAGUAGCUCAGAUUUUGAAGCAUAAUGGCACUAUGACUUGGCUCUAAGACAUAUUGAAUAUGUCUGUAAGGACAUGAGCCUGUAGGUCUACACACCUAGUAAUCACACAGCCUGGUACCUUGUCAGAACCUGCAGCUUUCCUUGGAUUAAUUUUCUUCAGAGUCUGGUGGACAACAGCUGAUUCAAAACUCAGCACCUGGUUGUAAAUAUGGAGUGUGGCUGUCAACGCUGGCAUAUUGUUACAUGCCUCUAACAGAGCAAAAUCGUUAUUGAGAUCAUUAAGGAAGUCAGCCCUGUUGUUAGAGGACUGGGGAGCAGUCCUGUAAACUGUUGCGAGUUGAAUUCCCUGCCACAGUCUCCUAAUGUUCCGAUAUUCUUGGAACAUAAAAUUCUCUCAUUUUUUUGUGCAUAUGCUUUCUUUGCCACUCUGGUACUUGGCUCUUGCAGAGCUGAGGGCAAUUUUUUGCCAGAUUUAAAAGCAGAAUUUCUUGCUUCCAACAUUGUUCCAAUCUCAAAGGACAUUAAAGGUUUUUAAUUCGCUUAGACCAGGGGUCGGAAACCUUUAACACUCAAAGAGCCAUUUCGACCUGUUUCCCACAGAAAAGAAACCACCGGGAGCCGCAAAAUCCUUUUGGCAUUUAAAAUGAAGACACUUUUUUACCUCAAUGCCCUUGUUAAUCAGUCGUGAUUAAUUAAUUACAAAGCCUCUAAUUAGAUAGAUUCAUUUUUUUAAUUGUGCCCUUCCACUAAUAUUUAUCUUACUUGGUUCAUGUCAUUUUUGCUCCUGGACCUCAUAUGUUACAUAAUGUUAGCUGGAACUCAAUAUUUUGCGAAUGUCUAUUUAACUUGUAAAAUCUAUUUAUCUUAAGCUAAUAACUUUUCUCUGGUAAGUCGCUGCCCUAUUUUCCAAGACGACACUCCUCUGACUCUCUGACCUGCUGCCUGGAUGCUGGACGUGACAUCGAGCCGUGCUCUCACGAGUAACGUCGUAUUAACCUGACAUAUCAAAGAGUAGAUACUGAGCAAGACAAUUAUCCGUAGUUUACCUUAGUACUCACGAGUACCCGACACAAUGCAGGACUCUUCUGUGAAUGCGGAGAUGUGCAUCGGUGGUGUAUUUGCGACAAUAAAAAAAGAAAGAAAUUUGAAGGCUCGACGGCUAGGAUUUAGGAAUGGUGGCCUGCCACUGCUGAAUGAAUGUAGAGCAAACACUGGGAUCCGAAGAUCAACAGGACUCCAAAUGAAUACCCGCAGGCCGGCGAGUGUCGGAGAUUGACGGCUGGGACGCAUAUUUUGACAGACAAACAUUAAGACGUUUAAUUUUGAUGUUACAAGAUCACCAUAAUCUUCAAAUUUAGAAUUACAUUUUAAAAAUUAACAAUCUAAAACAAAAGAAAAUUUAAUUAAAUAGCCUGUUUAUUAUUUAUUUUCCAAAAUUACAGGGAGCCACAACAGAGGGAUGAAAGAGCCGCAUGCGGCUCCGGAGCCGCGGGUUGCUGACCCCUGGCUUAGACUGUGAUGUUCUUAUUGGCACAGACAUCAUCCAUGAUUUCAUUUAUGCAGCUUGAUACAACCUCAGCAUACACUUCUAUGGUAUGAUCUUCGGUGACAGCCUCCUAAAACAUAGACCAGUCAGUGCAAUCAAAGCAAUCCUGCAGUGCUGACAUAGCUCUUACCAGCCAGACUCUCACCUGCUUUAAGGAGGACUUUGUUCUGAUGAGCAGAGGUCUAUAUGGUGGUAUUAUCACCAGAAUGUGAUUGACAAGCCAAGAUGAGGGCAUGUGAUGGCUUUAAGCGUUGUUUUUAAAGUGUUAGUGUAGGCAUAAUCUUGCCUAUUGCUCCCCUUGCAGGAAAAUCCACAUGUUGGAAAAGAAAUCUGGGGAAAACUUACUUUAUUUUUGCCUGAUUAAUAUCCCCAGCACCAGUGAAUACUAACACAUGACGCGUCUUGCAAAUCACUGAUAUCGAUGAUGGAGGAUAUAUCCUACUAUCCCCACCCCAACCACUCCCUCAUCCCCACUUUCACCCCAUCUGGUCAGGUUUUUUGUGCCCUCCCACUGUCGCACAAUGCUUGCUCAAAGGAAAACCAAAGGAAACUUUGGAAUUGUUGGGUUUCUGUGUUUAAAAUUUGUAAGGUCUUCACAUUACUGUAUGAGGUGUUAUGAGAUGAUGUUGUGAAUUGGCACUAUAUAAAUACAGUUAAGCUGAAAUGUAUUCAAAUGAAUUGUAUUGAAUUCAUAAAAAGAGAGGCCUUUUAUUGUGGGCAGUCUAAGGCACACCUGUGCACUAAUCAUGGUGUCUAAUCAGCAUCUUGAUAUGGCACACCUGUGAGGUGGGAUGGAUUAUCUCAGCAAAGGAGAAGUGCUCAUUAUCACAGAUUUAAACAGAUUCGUGAACAAUAUUUGAGAGAAAUGGUGAUAUUGUGUAUGUGGAAAAAGUUUUAGAUCUUUGAGUUCAUCUCAUAAAAAGUGUUGCGUUUAUACUUUUGUUGAGUGUAAUUGAAGUGAAAGUCUAUUCCGUGUAUCAAAUGGGCCCUAUUUCAAUUGGCUCAGAGAAGUAAGCAGCUGUAGUUAAAUGCCAUCACAGGAAGGUAAGAAGUCAUGCCACUAUGAGCCUUUGAUUAACACAAUUGUCUACGUCACAAAAACUGAAAAUCUAAUUUCUGUGUAUAUUUUGGACACAGCAAAUUUUCUCAUAUUUCCAGAAGGUCGGUAAUAUCUCAGGUAUUUAAAAGGAUCAAAAUGCAUUAUUGCAUGUUUUGUUACACAGAUGCAUGUGUUUUAUUGUAGGAGUCAUUUGAAACUCAAGACUACCAUCAUAUGCAUUGUCUUUGCAAUUGCAUGUACGCUUCUGUUCUUGAAUGUAAAUUCUUUAGCUUUCUUCUUUCUACCUUCCAGGAAUAGAAGUACUACUACUCCUGGAGCAACCACAGCAAUGUCUCUAGUUAAGUCUUGUAAUUUACAUGCUGAACGAGCAUGAAUAUGUGCCAAGUUUUUAUGGGAGAGAAUCAAUCAGAUCUGUCUACUGAGGAAGAGAUGUAUUUAUACUUACUUUUGUCUUCACUAAUAAGACUGAAUAUAAUAUAAUGCAAUCUAACACCUCUAGUCAAAAGGUAAUUUUGUGUUCUACAAUGUGGCAGCAUGCAUAGUUGUUGUUUCUAAGAAUGUAAUCAAUUAUUAACUUUUAUUUGAUAUUAGCUCCAGUUGCAGCCCUACAGAAGGAUAUGUUAUUUUCUAACUUAUUUCAAUCUGCGUUUUCAAUAAGUUUUGCACAGAUCUUGUAAAAAAUAAUUUGUAAGUGAAAAUUAGCAGUCUACCUUCUUAUAACAAGGCGUUUACUUUCUUGAUGUCUAUAUUUUCAUGUAGACUUCUUACUGCCCUUUGGUGAGCUGAUAACACGAGAUUAUUUUAAUGUAGAAUGAAAUCAUUUUUAUCUUGUGACUGGCCUGGAAGUAAGCCACAACUGUAAACUAUGAUACAACAUUCAAUUAUCAGAUUUUAAGAAUGCUGUGGAUAUUGUAGGGUGUAACUGUUCGUUGUGAUGUAGUUAGCAAAGACCCUCAGACUGACGAGAUUGAUAAUUCCUAACUGAAAAAGCAUUGCUCUUUGAAAUGACAUGUAUAAAACCUCGCUGUGCUGCAAGAUGAAAAAAAUGUUUUUGAAAGCAAAAACUGCUACUUUACCUUUGAUUUUAUCUGGUGUGGAUUAAUACUUGUCACCCCACUCUCAUUCAGGCCUAACUGAACUGCUCAUUUUUCAUCCCUGGUCCCAGCUGUAGAUCGACUGUCCAGUUUGAUUAUGUCAUCAGUGAACAAUGUUAAAGCCACCAGAGUGGACACAGCCAAAUAUUUUCAAGGGACAUCUGACGAAGGACAAGUAACAAGCGCAAAUUUGGGGAAUUCCAACCACAGAACCCAAACAGACUGCGACUUCCAAAUACCGAUCACCAAUAUAGAUGACAUUUUAUCAGAAGUGAGCCCCUAUUGUGACACAGAUACACACAUUGAAUCCCCAUCUAUAACACUAUCCAAUGAGCCUGUAUCCUGUUGUUCAAGCCAAUAUAAUGUAGCCCAGUCUGAGGACGAUCUAACACAGUCCAGGAUCCUGGAUUCCUCUGCCUCGGAGACAAGAAAUGAAAGUGGUAUCAUUAGGCCUAUGGAGACAGGUCUGGACCAACAAAAGGAAAAUCACUCCAAAUCAAGCCUGGAAAGGCCUGAUGCCGAUUUCAAACAGAUGUACCCCAUUGUAGAUGAUGAUUCCAACAGUGACUCCACCACUGACAGCUGUACUAUAAAUAAGAUGAAUGAUAGUAAUCUACAUGAACCUCUUUCUGAUGAGGAGGAAGUGGAGUUUUAUUCCUGUGAUGCCCAGCGACCUGGUGCCAGUCAGCACUCCCAGGUUAAUGAGUCACCAAAUGGGUGUUCAUCUCUUCAGCAUGUCCACAAUCACGAUAAAAAAUUGAACCAUACCUCAGCUGCAGUACAGGAAUCCUCCGAUGUCUCACUGCCAAAGGAAGAAGACACUGUUGUAACAACCCAUUGCUCACAGCUUUCUCAUUUACCAGAGGCCUCCUCUGCACAACAACCAUGCCCAUCUUCCAACAAUACAUUAUGUGUGUCAACUACAGGGUGUUCCAACAAUAGUGUGACAUUCAAAGCAUGCGUGGCAUCCAGCCACUCUCCAACAGAUACUACUGCAGAUGUGCUUACAAAUGCCUUGCAGAGCUCAGAUUUAAUAAAGCAUUUAAAUACACAAGCACCUUUAAUUGCAUCUGGGACGUCAAGUUCAAGCAGCAGAUUAGAUACAAGUUCCUCAACAUCAGUAAUGAAUACACAAAAAGUAUUGGAGUGUAGACCUAAUUUAAGCCAUGAUGCAAGCUCCUCACGAAAGAAGACUUCAGCCCUAACACUCCUUGAUAACUCAGAUGGUCCUGUAAGGAGUCGUAACUUAAAACUAAUGGCUGAAAGUGGUCCUCCCAAACUGAAGGGCUUAAGUAUUAAGAGUAAGAACCAACAACAGGAGGAGCUUCAACGAAAACCUUUCAGGAGUCAAAAUCCUGUUUCUUCUGACAUCAAUGCGGCUUUGAAACAGUCAACAAAACUACCACCAAAGGCAACCAUGCCAAGCUUUUUGAAGACCAUUGACCAGCCUAAUACCAGCAAGAUCUGUCUUGCUUUGUCCAGAGUCAAAGACAGAGUUCAAAUUCCAGCUGAGUAUGGGCAUUCAGGUGACACAUUACAAACUGUACAACUGGCCAAGGAGAAGGAUAUUCAUUUAGGUUCCAAAGUAACAGUCAAGUCACAGGAUCAAUUACACCCUCCUGUUAUUCAAAGAACAUUUAUAGAGGUUCAACUGUCUUCCAUAUCUGGAUCAUCAUCACCAGCUGUGACACAAAAUGAAACAAUGAUUUCAAAAGAAGCAGAAGGUCCUAAAAGCAAUACAAAUGCAGGAUUAGCACCUAUGCUUUCUCCCACCAUUUCCACAGCAAAGAAAACAAAUGGUAUGAAUAGUAGCAUAGUGUUGAACUCAUUGUGUUCUACUAAAGCAGCUCCUUCAACCACAAGUAAUGGCUUAAAACCUAGUCCUAUUGUGGACACAGAUGAGACCUUAAAAUCCUGCACAUCCAGAUUAUACCUUAAGACAAUGAAAAGAGGAAGUCUCUCCGCAGAUAAUGCCUUGUCUGUAGACUACAAUCCUUUCUCUGUCCAGCAUAAAAUAAAAUCUUUUGAAAACUUGGCUAACUUUGACAAACCUGUGGCUAGAAACAGUGACAUUCAGUCUUAUGGCCUGGCAUAUAGAGCCUCACUUAACCAAAGGAUUGCUUGUUAUAUGGGCUUGGUUAAUUCCGUUGACUGCCGGGUACAGCAAAGUAGUUUUAGCUCUUGUGUGGAGAAUUUAAUUCCUGUCAGACCAUGUUCACCACUUCUUGGUAAAUCCCCUGAGGUUCUAAAAGCUGUGGAUGUGAUUUCAGCACAAACCCCUCCUGUGCUUCAAAGGAAAAACAGCAGACUUCCCCACUGCCGGUUACGGAAACUCAGGGCUCUCAGUAUGCCUGAACUGGAAAAACUAUGCACAAAGGAUUUUACCAGAGGACACGAUGGAGCUGUAGAUAAAACAGAGCCCGGCAUCCACCCCACAACAGUCACAAAAGCUGCAGUGACUGAAAGCUGUGCACGCUCUGCCACGCCAACAAAUGUAGAUGUGAACAGGGUGAGAAGACGUGAUGCUGGAUCCAUUGGAGAGACUCCUCAGGGAAUCCCGGAGACCCAUGGACAACACUGUAGUUGGUCCAUCAGUUUGAAGGAGCUGGCUACUUUUUCUGGGAGUCAGAGUAAGCUGCAAACAUUGUCCUCCCUGGAAGCUAAAGCGUACGUGUCUGAAUUGCUUCAGGACACUGAAACCAUUUCAGAGGUCAACAGUAAUACUCAACUUGUCGUGCUGAGUAAAGAAGAAGGCUCAGGGCUUGGGUUUAGUAUUGCUGGUGGAGUUGACCUUGAGCAGAAGGAAAUAACUGUUCAUCGGGUCUUCGCCAAAGGUGCAGCUAUCCUUGAGGGCUCAAUCCAGCGAGGUGACAGAAUUUUAUCUAUAAAUGGCAAAAGUCUGCAGGGUAAAACCCAUGGAGAGGUUGUAUCUUGCCUUCAUCAAGCCAGACUGUCUAAUCAAGCCGUAGUGGUUGUUUUGAGAAACAAGGACAGCGAACAAAGUACCUCUGACAGACCAGACUCGACUAUUCAGCCAAAUAGUAUGUGUUCUGCCACCAAGAAGAUUUUGGAAGAUGGAGCAGUGGGGGAUGUCGGUCCAGAUGGUGCUUUAACAGUGGAGCUUCACAAGACAUCUGCUGGCCUGGGCUUCAGUCUGGAGAGGGGGAAGUCCUCAAGCAAUGGAGACAGGCCUUUCAUUGUCAAACGCAUCUUUACAGGAGGUGCUGCAGAGCUGUCUGGGCUUAUUGAUGUUGGUGAUGAGGUCCUGUCUAUUAAUGGCUGUUCUCUGGAGGGCCUGAUGCUCCAUGACGCCUGGAAAAUUCUCAAAACUACAAAUGAAGGGCCCAACCAACUCCUUAUAAGGAAGAAGAGUAAACUGACUGAAGUUAACAAAGAAAUACCAAAAUCCUGUAAAGCUGCACUGUGACAACACCCUCAGAAACAGGGCAUGGAUGAACAAUAAAAUUAGGGACAAAUAUUUACAAAGUUUGAUUGAUGGACACUGGUUGAGAUUUUAUGCUGUGUGUUGUUACUUGUGUUUGUGCUAAAUAGGUCAAAUGAGAUUUACAACGUACUAUUGUGGUAUACAGUGCUGAAUUCAGAUUUGUCAGAGGAGAAUUGCAGUUUGUUUACAAUAAAUUGACUUUGAAAGAGUAAAUAAAAUGA